ACCGCAUGACUUGACGCCGCACUGCACCCGUUCCGCAUAGUGGCAUGCCUUGCCCCGCCCUAUUAAGACCCUGCUCCACCAAAACUCCAACGCGUUGCUUGACGCGUCUCCCAGGAAUUGCUUGUGCCAUCUCCCAUCAACUUGACACCCCAAAGACUUACAAUGUCAGACCAUGAAGACCUGCUCGAGGGUCAGCCGCCCUCCAUUGACCCGUAUGAGGUUCUUGACCUCGAAAAGACAGCAUCAGAGGACCAGAUCAAAAGAGCGUACCGCAAGGCUGCGCUGAAGCACCAUCCAGACAAGGCGCCCGCAAACCAUCCUAAGAAGCUCGCUGCUGCCAACAAGGCUUUCCAGGAAGUCGCCUUUGCCUAUGCAAUCCUGUCCGACCCCAAGCGCCGAAAGCGCUACGACGAGACCGGUUCAACUUCCGAUUCCAUUCUAGACUCCGAAGGCUUCAACUGGAGCGACUUUUAUCGCAAUGCCUUUGAAGACGCCGUCUCGGCCGACGCGAUUGAAAAGUUCCGGGCAGAGUACAAAGGUUCAGAGGAGGAAAAGGAUGAUCUGCUUCACUACUUUGAGUUAUGCGAGGGCGAUAUGCGUCAUGUCUACGAACAUGUCAUGCUCAGCGACAUGACUGAAGACGAGGACCGAUUCAGGGUGAUAAUCGACGAAGCAAUCGCGAAGAGAGAGGUCCCGGCUUUUGGGAGCUACCACAAGGAGAGCGAACGACAGCGCGCAUCACGGAUAAAGAGGGCACGCGCAGCCAAGGCGCAGGAGGGCAAGGAGGCGGAGGAAUACGCCAAGGAAAUCGGCGCUCACGACAAGUUGUUCGGGAAGAGCAACAACAAGGAGAGCGCUGAGGAUGGCCUCAAGGCCCUCAUUCAGGCCAGACAGUCGUCCAGGGCUGGCGCACAGGAUAGCUUCCUGGACAACCUGGCCGAGAAAUACAGGGGCACUGCCAAGAAACAGAAGAAGGGAAAUAAGCGGGCGGUCAUGGACGAGCCACCCGAGGAAGCGUUUGCGGCAACGGCUGCCAGGCAGACGUCAAGGUCUUCGAAGGGGGAUCCCGAGACGCCUAAGAAGCAGACAGGCAAACGUGUUAAGAGGUAGGGUGGUUGUUACGGUCCGCUGACGCUGGCGCAAUGUGGAUGGGGCGAGAUACAACCGGGAAAAUGGCAUGGUGCUGUUGGCAUGAGCGCGGGCUUUGCAGAUUAUCCUGAGCUAAUGAAUAUAAUGACAUGAAUGAUGA